CGCCGCGCCGAGCCGAGCCGACAUGGCAACAACAAGCAGCGACAGUAAACCGGAGGAGCAGCCGACAGAAGAGGGGAUGGAGGCGGACAGGUCCAUGUCGAGGUCCGACAGUGGGAGUGGAGAUGAUUCCUUGGACGGCCUCGCAAGUCGUGUCCACCGCUGUCCUUUGACCCCUUCACUGUCGCCACGGAAACGGACCACAAGUCAAUCCAAGACGGAGCCUCCACUGCUGAGGACCAAUAAAAGGACCAUCUACACCGCGGGCAGACCACCUUGGUACAACGUCACUGGGACCACCUUCAAAGAAGCCUUUGUCAUCGGUCUGUGCGGAGGAAGUGCCUCUGGGAAAACCACAGUAGCCAAUAAGAUAAUCGAGGCGCUGGAUGUUCCCUGGGUGGUUCUACUGUCGAUGGACUCUUUCUACAAGGUGUUGAAUAAAGAAGAACAGGAGUUGGCUGCUAAAAAUGAGUAUAACUUUGAUCACCCUGAUGCCUUCGACUUUGAGCUGCUGGUUACCGUCCUCAGAAAGCUGAAGAAAGGAAAAAGCAUCAAAGUGCCGGUGUAUGACUUCACCUCCCACUGCAGACGUAAAGAAUGGAAAACAGUGUACGGGGCCAAUGUUGUGAUCUUUGAGGGCAUCCUGGCGUUUGCCAACAAGGAGCUGCUAAAGCUUCUGGACAUGAAGGUGUUUGUCGAUACGGAUUCAGACAUCCGCCUGAUACGGAGGCUGAAGAGGGACAUUUCUCAACGUGGACGGGACAUCAGCGGCAUCAUCAAGCAGUACAAUAAAUUUGUGAAGCCGGCAUUCGAGCAGUACAUUGAGCCCACGGUGCAGGUUGCUGACAUCGUGGUUCCCAGAGGUGGAGAGAACUUUGUAGCGUUGGAUUUGAUUGUUCAGCAUGUACACAGCCAAUUGGAGAAGCGUGAGAUCACUGUGAGAUCUGCUCUGGCCUCGGCUCACCAGGGUCAGCCUUUACCCAAAACCCUCAGUGUGAUGGAGAGCACACCGCAGGUCCGCGGCAUGCACACCAUCAUCAGAAACAAGGAGACUAACCGAGACGAGUUUAUCUUCUACUCCAAGAGAUUAAUGAGGCUUCUGAUAGAACAUGCUCUCUCCUUCCUGCCUCUCAAGCCUGUGUCUGUGGAGACGCCUCAGGGUGGCGUCUAUGAGGGCAAGAGGCUGAGCGGUAAAAGAAUCACAGGUGUUUCUAUCCUGAGAGCGGGGGAGACCAUGGAGCAAGCUCUGAUGGCAGUUUGUAAAGACAUCAGACUUGGAAAGAUCCUCAUUCAGACCAACCAUGACACUGGAGAACCAGAGCUUCACUACCUUCGUCUACCCAAAGACAUCAGUGAAGACUACGUCAUCCUGAUGGACAGCACCGUGUCCACCGGAGCUGCUGCUCUCAUGGCCGUCAGAGUUCUGCUGGACCACGAUGUAGCAGAGGACAAGAUCUUUCUGUUGUCUUUGCUAAUGGCAGAGAUGGGCGUCCACUCAGUGGCGUACGCAUUCCCUAAAGUCCGCAUCAUCACCACUGCUGUGGACAAAGAGGUCAACGACCAGUUCCACAUCAUACCAGGCAUUGGUAAUUUUGGAGAUCGUUACUUUGGCACCGAUGCUCCGUCAGACUGGUGUGAAAGCGAUGAGGGGAUGGACUUCUGAGGAGACGACCAAUCACGGAGAUGGAGGGCUGUUACAAAAGCACUUAGCCACGAAAACAGUUGGAAACAGACCAUCCGGCUCCCAUCUGCUCGGCCCCGUCAACAUCCUCCUGAUCAGUGAGGUGACGCUGUACAAACUGCUUCCCAUCAGUAGAAUGAGCUUCGCUGUUAGGUCAGUGUGAUUACUGAUCAGGUCAGUGAGGAGAUUUGUGCCUGGCAGGAUUCAGUCAAUACCCCAUCCAAGUUUACAGCAAAGUUUAAAGGGGCCAAAGGUCAAAGUGUUACCUGUCCUGCAAGAUGUGGGAUGUUUGUUGACUUUGAAACCUUUUCACACACACAUACAGUCCAUCCUCUGUUGGAUUCCAAAAGACACUUUCACAACAAGUUCACUUAUUCCACAGUUUUCUCAAAAAUGGGAAAACUGAAGCUACCUAUCGAGAGAGAUAAUCGAUUAUGUUAUUAACGUUGCCAGUGAUGUGUUUUUGUUGCUACAGUUAAACCCUCGGCAUUGAUGUUUAAAUUUACAUACUGUCAGUUUACUGGAGGAGCCUUAACAUCUCUGAGUUUCUUUCAGGAUUUUGCACAGUCAAUCUCUUUACCUUCAUAAGCCACACAUUGUUAGAAAAAACUAUUUUAUCGGUUUAAUUCCAGCUGGAGAGUUGGUUCGCUGGGAAAACCUGACUAGAGCAAUGUUCAGUUUUAAUCAUUAGAUUCAACAGAUGUUGUUAAAAUAACAUUCUUAAUGUUGUUCGAUCAGUCAGUAAUGAUGUAACAAUGUUUUGCACAAACAGAAAAUAACUCUUUCUUCUUUAAGGACAGGUCUCUAUCGCGACUAUGUAGUAUUAAGUAAUGUGUUACAGCUAGCUAGCAGUGUAACGAUGUUUUCUUCUCAGCUUCAAGCUGUUUGUAAGCGUUAGCGUGCUACAGCUUUGCUCUGCUGCUGAUGCUGCAGCUGUCUGUACUUUAAAAUGAUGUUAUCUCAGGCAAACUUCACUGAAAGGGACAACAAUGACUUGUACUUGAAGAAGGAAACUGAUAAGUGAAAAGUUCAAAGAUUUGACAUGAAAUUUCCUCUUUUAUGUUAACUUGUUAUAUUUAGAUUUUACUUCACCAGGUUCUCAUAGCAAUAACACAGAGCUACAGUCGUCCUCUUUUUGCAUCUUUUAUUUAAAGUCAUGGAGACUUUCGAGCUUUUAAAAAUGUCUGCUUUAAAGAAACAAUAUUUAACUGAGCUUGAGCUGCUGAUUGGUCCAAUAUUUAGCUUGCAAAUGCUUUAUACUGUAUAAACCACUGGUGUAAAUGUCAGAAACAUUCAUAUCUAAGCUCUUUAAAGCAGCUGAUAAUCUUAGAAACCAGGAGGCCAAAUGACACUUUGGUGCAUAAAGAUGGUUUUGCCAAUAUAGUUUCAAGAUUUGAAACAAAACUACAGCACUUGUGUUUUUCUUUAGGUAUCCUCAGAUCUAAUUUGUCAUGGGCUUGAAGUCUCAGUAGCAUUACGUGUGUGAUUUUAUCAUAUGCAGAAACAGGCCCUGAUGGGACCCUUAUUGCUGCUGUUUAUGGCCAUUUUAUAUGUUUUAUUUAUUUAUUCUAUUGUUUGCAGGGCUUCUUUGCAAAUCCAACACCUCAAAGACAGCAAGUCAACUUGAAAAUAUUGUUGUUUUCAUGUUCUUUCUGCAUUCAUUCCAGAUCGUUUUAGCAACAGGGUUCAUUCAGUGCCGACCUCAACUUGUCAAACACAAACUUAACAAGCACUAAAAGUUGCUACUUUCCCUCCAGGUGCUCCUCUGCUCAAAGGCUUUUGCUGGUGUACCUGCUGCUAAGUGUAUAGGUGCACCUGCUGUGUAGAUGGCAUUAGUUCCUCCUAUGCUCAAGUCUCAAAGUGUACACUGCAUCCAUUCUGUUUACAUCCAUACAUGUUUUAUGCAAACUUCUGAGUCGAUGAAAACGCAUUGUAUACGUGUAAUUAUACGCAGAUUGCAACAAAUAACUUGAAUGAAAUGUUAGCUACUGUCACUUUUGUGGAAGGUGGUUUACCGGAAAAAGUGAUGCGUUCUUAAGAAGCAGACUGGUGAGUUUUAAAAGCUAAUAAUGGUUCUGUUCUAUUAAGGCACUCUAUAAGGCCUUCCACAGUUUAUUAGUAUCAGUUACAUCUGUGUUUGCUAAAUCACAAUGUUCACUGUAAUCAAAAUCUGUUGAGUUUGGUUUUGUAUGUGCAGCUUCAUUUGUACAGAAUUAAAAAAUAAUAAUAACUUAAAACAGCCCAA